UCGCUUGCAUUCAUCAUCCAUCUUUACAUCUUUCUCUCUCCUCAUCCCUCUCUUCAUCUCUCUCUCUUCAUCUCCUCAUCUGUUCUACCUGUCUAUCGCCCACUCCAUUCCCUCUCUCCUCUCCCCCCUCUCCUCACCACCUCCGGCGUCCCCCCCCUCCGCCCAUCCACCCCACCAUGGGCCUCCUCUCGCAGGGCAUGGACGCCCUCAACAUUGGCAGCAAGCCCAAGUCGCGCCGCACCAGCCUCCAAGGCACUCCUAUCGAUGACCAGGCUCCAGAGGGCAGUGAGGCCGAUACCUCCACCCUCGACAAGGACGAGGGCAACAUUCUCAUGGCCCUCAUCUCGCAGUUGCGCCCGGGAAUGGACCUUACCAAGAUCGCACUCCCAACCUUUGUGCUCGAGCCACGGUCGUUGCUCGAGCGCAUUACUGACUUCUUCUCGCACCCGGAUCUGAUCUUUGGCGCUGGACAAGAUCCCGACGCACGCGUGCGUUUCAUGCGUAUCAUGACAUUCUACCUCUCUGGGUGGCACAUCAAGCCUCGCGGCGUAAAGAAGCCUUACAACCCAAUUCUGAACGAGUUCUACCGCUGCACUUAUUACUACCCGGACGGAUCGCAAGGAUAUUAUGUUGCCGAGCAGGUCUCGCACCACCCACCCAUCUCCGCAUUCUUCUACGUCUCGCCCAAGAAUGGCAUCCUCGUCACCGGAGAGCUCAAGCCCAAGUCAAGAUUCCUCGGAAACUCGGCAGCGACGAUCAUGGAAGGCGAGGACCGCAUUCGCUUCCUGAACCGCCCGGACGACGGCGAGUACUGCAUUUCGAUGCCCAACACUUACGCGCGCGGUAUUCUGUUUGGCAAGAUGUUGCUCGAGCUCGGCGACUUGUCGACGAUUCGGAAUGAUGUGACUGGCUACAACUGUGACGUUGACUUCAAGACCAAGGGAUGGGUUUCGGGCGGCUACAACCUCAUCUCGGGUAAGGUCACAGGCCCUGGUGGUAAAUUGGAGGGCGAGAUCAACGGCAUGUGGAGCGGGACGAUCGACUUCAACCCGAAGGGAGGAAAGAAGUCGACCUUGUUUGACGCCUCCAAGUCCAAGGCCGUCGCCAAGGCGGUUCUUCCCGAGUCGAUGCAGGAGGAGAAUGAGUCGAGGCGACUAUGGGCCAAGCUUACCGACGCGAUCAAGGCCGCGGACAUGAACGCGGCGCAGGCUGCCAAGUCGGCAGUGGAAGACCGUCAACGCGAGCUGCGCCAGCAGCGUGCCGAGCGCGGGGAGCCGGCUCCCACACCUCGCUUUUUCGUUCCUGUUGGGGACAAGUUUAUGCCCAAGCUCGACGUGGACAAGCUGCCCAAGGACGUAGACGAGUUGGAGGCUGUUGUGCGCAACUUUAUCUUUGGCGAUCGCGUUCCUGGGCCACCGCCGGCCGGCUCAGCGCCGCCCACGAGCACUCCGGCGCUGUCCGUUGAGGUCCCCCCCGUAAGCUCGUCGACAGGGUCGGCGAGUGCUCAGGCAGCAACACCUCAAACCCAGCGGACUACGCAGACUCCCGCUUCUACGGAGGUUCCAGCACGGACACAGGCGGCGGUUGGGCCUCCAGGUGUUGCUGCGGCUGGCGCGGCAGCAGGAGGACGUGGAGCUGCUCCUGUCACGAACGCCGCUCCUUCACAGACCACCACCCGGCCUUCGGCAGCCCCCCGGCAAAACAGCGUCCACAUGGCCGAUGAGCAGCACCCAGUACCCGCCGCGCCUAAAGGAGUAGAUGCCUUGGCUGCGGUCACUAAUGCUCAUCCAGGGAAGGACGGGCAAGGCGAGGAUCCACGUAGAGCAUCAAUUGCGUCGACCAUCUCGGAUGACGAAUUCCAUGACGCCCACGAAGACUUCCACCCCCCACACGCAUAAGUGUAGAGUUUGGGCCUGUGCAGAUACAAGCAUAUGAGGACGAGCACGGCACGAUCACGAGAGCACGACAUGGGCGGGCAUAUGGGAUAGACGUGUAUAGUGAUGCAGAGAGUGUGCAGUCA